CUGGAACCUCCAAACACUGUGCUGCGCAUCAACACAACCCCGAAAUCACAACCUCCACCCACCACUGCAAUGUCGAAAGCGGCUGCGUUUCUGGCAGACCCGCCAACAGCCGACGACCGCCCGAGCUUCGAGACCAUCAUCAAGCACGGUCACCAGGACCUCGUGCAGGCUGUCGCCUUCAAUGGCCACGGGGACCGAUGCGCGACGGGGUCUGUCGAUGGCAAGAUCCGCGUCUUCAACCGCCACAAGGAUGGCUCCUGGCGGUUGUGCGAUACUUGGGGUGCCCACGCAAGCGAGAUAUUAGAGCUUCAAUGGCUCCCGACAACCAUCUACCCCAACCUCCUCGCCUCGCUCGGCAUCGAGGGCCGCUUCAAGCUCUGGGCCGAGGAUCCCUCCGCCGCCCCCGGCCGCCGCUUCGCCGAAUCCACCCGUAACGGGCCCCUCAUCACCAUCCCCUCGCGCUCCCCACACCUCCACGCGAACCCACCACCAGCAACCGGCUUCGGCAGCCCCGCCCCCCCAGCACCCCCUCCGUCCUCCUCCACAUACGCAGACAACACCACUACCGCCUCCGCCGGGUCAGGGACGACCGUCGCCGCCGCCAAGCCCGCCUUCGAAACCCGCAACGCCCGCUCCCCCUACCGCUCCUUCUCCCUCAAGCACCUCGACGACAGCCGCACCACCUACCUAGCCCUGCUCUCCGCCGACGGCGGCCUGACCGUGUACGAGAACGACCGGGUCGAGAACCUCGCCGCGUUCACCCUGCUCGACGAGCUCUCGACCAUCCCGGGAGCGACAACCACAACGGCAACCGACGACGGCGCGGGCGCGGGCGCGGGCGCAAAAGCGCGGCCGGUGACGACGCGCGGCGAGGAGACCUCCUUCAAGGUGCGGUUCGACCCGAACCCGGAGGUGUGCUACGCGGCGCUGGGCGCGGGCGUGCCGGCGGACGCGCUGGGGCUGGUGGUGGCCGUCAUGGACCGCGUGCGCGUCUACCGCACCCGCGACACCAUCCGCUCCUCCCUCGGCGUCGCCGCCGCCUGGAAGGGCUUUUACUUGGCCGCCGAGGUCGCCACGGGCCUGCACCGCGGCCUGGUCCGCGACGUCGCCUGGGCCCCCGGGAACAUCAGGGGCUAUGACAUCGUCGCCACCGCGUGCCAGGACGGCUGGGUGCGGGUCUUCCGUCUGGAUGCCCUGCGCCCCCCCGCGGGCGAGGAGCCGCACUCGGAUGACGAGGAGCAGGACGGGGCCCGCGGGAGGUGGGCCGCGGGGCGGGUCAAGAAGCACGGCGCGCGGCGGCGGGUGGACGGCGGGGAGGACGCGAGCGUGUCGCGGGCGUCGCUGAUGUCGUCGUCGGGGAUACGGGCGGGGCUGGACCAGAGCCGGGGCACGGUGGAGCGGCGGGCGACGGGCCAGCCCCCCGGGCAGAUCAGGCACGUCGUGACCGAGAUCUCGCGCCUCGACUGCCACCGCACCCCCGUGUGGCGCGUGGGGUUCGACGACGACGGCCAGAUCCUCGGCAGCGUCGGCGACGAGGGCAAGCUCAUGUGCUACCGCCAGAAGCCCGACGGCGCGUGGGCUAAGAGCACCGAGAUGGCCAUGGUCAAGAUGAAGAUGGCUGCGCCGUGAGGCGUGGAGAGAUGGCGCUGCGUGCUGUCUUUUUUUUUUGCUGUUGUAGCUCCGCUCGAAAUAACCACCCCCCC